AUGGUUGCAAUAUUUAUUCAAAAGUAUUUAUAUGCAAUCGAAGAUUAUCAACCAUUGUGUAUAGCUCAUUUUCAUGAAUGGCAAGCUGGUAUUGGUCUUAUUUUGUCGAGACUAUGGAAGACAGAUGUUUCAACAAUUUUUACAACACAUGCUACCUUACUUGGCAGAUAUCUUUGUGCUUCCGGUGCAGAUCUAUACAAUAAUAUUGAUAAAUUUGAUGUUGAUCGAGAAGCAGGAAUACGCCAAAUUUAUCAUAGAUAUUGUAUUGAAAGAGCAGCAGCUAACUUAGCACAUAUUUUUACAACUGUAAGUGAAAUAACAGGUCUUGAAGCAACACAUUUGGUUAAAAGAAAGCCGGAUAUUUUAACACCAAAUGGUUUGAAUGUGAUCAAAUUUGCAGCUUUACAUGAAUUUCAAAAUUUGCAUUCAAUUGCUAAAGAGAAAAUUCACGAUUUUAUCCGUGGACAUUUUUAUGGACAUUAUGAUUUUAAUUUGGAUAAAACGAUAUAUCUUUUUACUGCUGGACGUUAUGAAUUUACAAAUAAAGGUGGUGAUUUUUUCAUCGAAGCAUUAGCACGGUUAAAUUAUCGUCUUAAGACAUCAACUGAUCCCAAUUGUAAAGAUGUCACCGUGGUUGCAUUUAUUAUUUAUCCUGCUGCAGCAAAUUCAUUCAAUGUGGAAUCGUUGAAAGGUCAAGCAGUAUGUAAGCAAUUACAUAAUACAAUAUCGAGGAUAAAGGAGAAGUUAGCAUCCAGAAUGUUCGAAGAAUGUUUGAAAGGUCGAAUACCGGAAAUGGAAGAAUUGCUACUUCCGGAUGAACGUAUUCAAUUAAAACGUUGUAUAUUAAGUGCAAAACGUGAUAAUUUACCACCAAUAUGUACGCAUAAUAUGCUUGAUGAUGCCUGUGAUCCCGUAUUAAAUGCUUUCCGACGUACUCAACUUAUAAAUCAACCGUUUGAUCGUGUUAAAGUAAUAUUCCAUCCGGAAUUUCUCUCAUCUGUUUCACCAUUAAUGAAUUUGGAUUAUGAAGAUUUUGUUCGUGGUUGUCAUAUGGGUGUUUUUCCAAGUUACUAUGAACCAUGGGGUUAUACACCAGCUGAAUGUACGGUAAUGGGUGUUCCAUCAGUUACAACUAAUCUAUCAGGAUUUGGAUGUUUCAUUCAGGAGCAAGUGCAAGAUCCGCAUACAUUCGGGAUUUUUGUUAUUGAUCGUCGAUUCAAAGAACCAAAUGAAUCGAUCGAUGAACUUGCAAAAACUCUUUAUGAUUUCGCACUACUUUCUCGUCGUCAGCGUAUUAUUAUGCGGAAUCGGACAGAACGACUUAGUGAACUUAUUGAUUGGAAAACUCUCGGAACAUUUUAUCGAGAAGCACGGCGGAAAGCAUUGGAAGUUACACAUCCAAAUUUCAAGCAAGUAAUUGAAGAAACUAUAAAAAGAAUGUCCCGUCCAACUUCCGCAAUAUCAACACCGACUACAAGCCGAUCCGUAUCACCGUAUAAUAGUGAUGAAUCAGAUACUGAGGAACAGGAAGCUUUCGAAGCAAAAGCAUGGGCAGAAGCUAAUUAG